AUGUUCGAGCAAGUUGAUCCGACCCGCGACCCCGUCGUUGAGCACUGGAAGAAGCCGCAGGAGAUGUUCUUGAACCCUCUCCCCGGACAGGACUCUCUCUACGACCUCACUGCCAACUCUGAGAUCAAGGAGGUAAUCGACGAGCUGCACGAACUCGAGAAUGCUCAACAAGCGACCUCGUUGCAAGAAUUCUUCCAGUGCGUCCACAACGGCACAGCCGUGAGGCCUCCUUCCAAUACCCUCGGAGACAGACUCGAUAUCUUCGAGGAGGGCAAGAUCUCCAACUGCUUCCCUCGCGGGUUCUCGUUCAAGGGUGAAGCUCUCUCUCUCGCUGCCAAGCAGCAGAACCUAGAGGCUGUGCAGGAGUUGCUGGAGGAGGGAGUGGAUAUCAACUACAGGAACGUUGACGGGGAUACAGCUCUUCACUUGGCGAGCUACAACGGAGAUGAGGAGAUCGUUGAACUUCUCUUGAAGGCUCGUGACUUUCUUCCCCUCUCGUUCAUCUUCUUGUCCAUCUCACUUGUGUCUUUGAGCAGAAUGGAGCAGACGCAUCUGCAGUCAAUGAGUACAACUCGACGUUGGUCUGCUGACCCCUUGGCCAACUUCACCAUCGAAGGGAUCCGCUACAACCAACCUGCCCCAUGUCCUUCUAAGCAACGACGUGAGCGUAUCCGCAAGCUGCUGGUGGCGGCAGGAGCGCGUGAGGGAGUACACAACUUGUGGGGCUGGACAGAAAAGAUCGAGAAGAGGAGGCUGAUGGAGACCUGGGACAAGUACGUCCAUAAGAUGCCACUUGACCUCCUUCAGAUGUCUAUCGACUUCGGUAUGGUCCCAUUGCAUAAGGUCGCCUAUCGCUUCCCCAAGGAUGUCGUAGGUGCCGUCUGGAUGCUCGCUUCCCCACCUGACGCAGCAGCAGUCACCGAGAACGAGCUUGUUGAGGAGCAGGCGAGGAAGAUGGGCAUGAACUUCUCAAUACCGCCAGGGGAUGAGGUUCAGAUGGGCACGAUCCACGAGCAGGAGCAGUCGCUGCAGCGAGGGUCUCACGUCCCCAACGUCAAUGAGAUGCUGGACCGGUUAGACGAAUUGUCAUUCGCAAACAGCACGGAGGAUCCGGACUCCACCUCGGACGGGCCCUCUGCUUCCUUAGAAGUCUACUGA